AUGGCGUGGCGUGCGAUGCCCUUCCAGGCUGAGGGCACGGUGAAGGGCUGGUGCGGAGCCGCCGCAGGCGUGCUGUUCAAGCGGUGGUUCUUUGAUGACGAGGUUUUCAACUUCAGGGACGCGCCCGCGAGCUGUCAGCGCCACGAGGACUUGUGGGCUGCAGGCCACCUGCUGAGCAAGGGCCUUUUGCCCUACCUCAUUCACACCGGCUUCAAAUCGGAGCGCCGGAGCAUGCAUCCCCGCGCCUCGGCGGAAAAGAGCAACAGCAAGUCCGAGAAGCGGGCUCGCUAUACAUCCUGCGCCGCGAUAGGGACGGUGCUAUGA